AUGGCUUCGAGAUUUUGGACUCAGGGUGACAGUGAUUCGGAAGAAGAGGAACAAAGUGAUUAUGAUGAGGAAAUUGAGAAUGCAGCAGUUGAAUCUGCUGCAACUCAAGGCAAUAAAAGUAAUUACUACCUUCAGGGUAAUGCAACUGACAGUGAUGAUGAGGAUGGUCAGAAGCGUGUUGUUAAAUCAGCCAAAGAUAAGCGUUUUGAUGAAAUGGCUUCUACUGUUGAUCAGAUGAAGAAUGCGAUUAAGAUCAAUGAUUGGGUCAGCUUGCAAGAGAGCUUUGAUAAGAUUAAUAAGCAACUUGAGAAAGUUAUGCGGGUUAUUGAGUCGGUGAAGGUUCCUAAUCUGUACAUCAAGGCUCUUGUAAUGCUUGAAGAUUUCUUGGCUGAGGCUUUGGCGAAUAAGGAUGCUAAAAAGAAGAUGAGUAGCAGCAAUGCAAAAGCCUUCAACUCGAUGAAGCAGAAGUUGAAGAAGAACAAUAAGCAGUAUGAAGAGUUGAUUAACAAGUGCAGGGAGAAUCCUGAGAGUGAGGAGGAAAAGGAUGAGGAUGAGGAGUCUGAAGAAGAAUAUGAGAGCGAUGGUGAGAUUAUUGAUGUUGAUCAGCUCAGGAAGCCGGAACCAAAAUCAGAUUCUGAAGCUGAGUAUGAAGAUGAGAAGCCUGAUGCUGAUGGUGAAGGGGCUUGGGAUCAAAAGCUUAGCAAGAAAGACAGGCUUUUGGAGAGGCAGUUCAUGAAAAACCCUAGUGAGAUCACAUGGGACACUGUCAACAAGAAGUUCAAAGAGGUUGUGGCGGCUAGGGGGAAGAAAGGAACUGGAAGGUUUGAGCAGGUUGAGCAGCUUACGUUCCUAACAAAAGUGGCUAAAACACCUGCACAGAAGCUGGAAAUUCUUUUCAGUGUGGUUUCUGCCCAGUUUGAUGUUAAUCCUGGCCUUAGUGGGCAUAUGCCCAUCAGUGUGUGGAAAAAAUGUGUGCAGAAUAUGUUGGUCAUUCUUGAUAUUCUAGUGCAGCAUCCAAACAUAAAAGUUGAUGAUUCAGUUGAACUAGAUGAGAAUGAAACCAAGAAAGGGGCUGAUUAUGACGGACCUAUUCGUGUAUGGGGCAACUUAGUUGCUUUCUUAGAGAAAAUAGAUGCUGAGUUUUUCAAGAGCCUGCAGUGCAUAGAUCCUCACACGCGUGAAUAUGUUGAGAGACUCCGGGAUGAACCUAUGUUUGUUGUUCUUGCACAGAAUGUCCAGGAAUAUCUUGAAAGGAUUGGAGAUUUCAAAGCUUCCUCUAAGGUUGCCUUGAAGAGGGUUGAACUCAUUUACUACAAAUCACAAGAAGUUUACGAGGCAAUGAGGAAAUUGGCUGAGAUGACAGAAGAUGGAGAUGAGGAGAGUGAGGAGUCAAAAGGUUUUGAGGAUACAAGAAAUCCCACUGCAUUUGUUGUUACCCCUGAGGUUGUAGCCCGGAAACCCACCUUCCCUGAAAAUAGCAGGGCCUUAAUGGAUGUAUUAGUAUCACUAAUAUACAAAUAUGGAGAUGAGCGAACUAAAGCACGUGCAAUGCUUUGUGAUAUAUAUCACCAUGCUCUUCUUGACGAGUUCACUGUAGCCCGUGAUCUGUUGCUAAUGAGUCAUUUGCAAGAAAAUGUUCACCACAUGGACAUUUCAACACAGAUACUUUUUAACAGGGCUAUGUCACAGUUAGGUCUAUGUGCUUUUCGGGCUGGGCUGGUUUCUGAAGCUCAUGGCUGUCUAGCUGAACUCUAUUCUGGUGGAAGGGUGAAAGAAUUGCUUGCACAAGGAGUUUCGCAGAGCCGUUAUCAUGAAAAGACUCCAGAACAGGAAAGGUUGGAAAGAAGAAGGCAGAUGCCAUAUCAUAUGCAUAUAAAUCUCGAGCUCUUGGAAUCUGUGCAUCUCACAUCUGCUAUGUUGUUGGAAGUUCCCAACAUGGCAGCCAAUGUUCAUGAUGCAAAGCGAAGGAUCAUCAGUAAGAAUUUCCGUCGCUUGCUUGAGGUCAGUGAGAAACAAACAUUCACGGGUCCUCCUGAAAAUGUCAGGGAUCAUGUUAUGGCUGCCACAAGGGUUCUUAUUAAAGGAGACUUCCUCAAGGCUUUUGACAUUAUUGCAUCUCUUGACGUAUGGAAAUUUGUGAAAAACCGAGACGCCGUGCUAGAAAUGCUGAAGGACAAAAUCAAGGAGGAGGCACUUAGGACAUACCUAUUUACCUUCGCAUCAUCAUAUGAUUCUUUGAGUGUGAAUCAGCUCACAAAUUUUUUCGAACUCCCUCUUCCUCGUGUUCAUAGUAUUGUCAGUAGGAUGAUGGUCAAUGAGGAGCUUCAUGCAAGCUGGGAUCAGCCAUCUGGGUGCAUUAUUUUCCGAAAUGUCGAACACUCAAGACUGCAGGCUUUGGCAUUCCAGUUGACUGAGAAAUUAUCUAUCCUUGCAGAGAGUAAUGAAAGAGCUACAGAAGCAAGACUCGGCGGUGGUGGAUUGGAUCUUCCUCCAAGGCGGAGGGAUGGCCAGGAUUAUGCUGCUGCAGCUGCUGGUGGUGGAACAUCUUCAGGUGGAAGGUGGCAAGACUUGUCCUAUUCUCAAACAAGGCAAGGCGGUGGACGUGCAGGAUAUGGCGGACGUGCAUUGUCGUUCAAUCAAGCAGGUGGGAGUGGCGGCUAUUCAAGAGGACGAGGAACUGGUGGAGGUGGCUAUCAAGGUUCAGGGAGGAGUCAAGGGGCUUCAGCACAGAGGGGACCCCACGGAGAUGGAUCUACCCGCAUGGUUAGCCUUAGGGGAGUUCGGGCUUAA